AGGCAGGAAGUGAGGGACGGUUUCACAGAGUCCUAAAAAAAUGUCUGGUUCUCCCGUUGGAAAGUGGGAGGAAGGGUAUUCCACGUUGAAGAAACAGCAUGUGCAAAGGUAGAGACCUGAAAGCAACAUAUGUGCAAAAUUAUUAGUAUGGUGUGACUGGAGCAAAGGAGCAUGGGAGGUGGGGCAUGUGUCAGAAAAAGAAACUGGUUUUAUUUGCUUUUCAGUAUGGUUAAGCCCCUUUUUAGUAGUAUUUUCAUUGAUGGCAUGGGUAUUUUGCAGAGGAAAUUUUGUAUUCCCUUUAACUACUCUAGAAUACCUCUUGCAAGUCUUAGACUGCUGGUGGUUGUGGUUGGAGGGAGAGCAAACAAACAAAAAACCCACAAGAAAACUUGUUACAGGCAGAUUUCAGGCUUGGGUCCAUGUAAGAACUUAAGCAGUUCCUUUUGAAAGAAGUCCAAUGCUUUGGGAUAAGUGCUCAGGGUGUUUCCCUGAGAUGGCACGUGGAUAGCCAUAUCCACAGCAUUAUUCACGAUAGCCAAAAGACAGAUGAAUGGCUAAACAAAAUGUGUAUACAUAUAUACAAUGGAAUGUGUUAUUCAGCCAUAAAAAAGAUUGCUAACUUGGAUACAUGCUACAGCAUGAACUGACCUUGAAAACUUGAAGUGUCACAAAAGGACAGAUACAUGAAUCCACUCAUAUGAAUUUUCUAAACAGGCAAAUUCAUAGAGACAGAAAGUAGAAUAGAUGUUACAAAUUCUGGAAAUAGUGGUUACUAUUGUGAACGUCCUUCAUGUCACUGAAUGGUACACUUAACGAUGGCUAAAAUGGUAAAUUUUAAGUUAUGUAUGUUUUAUCACACACACCAAAGAGAAGGCACUGGGGGUAGCUACAGAGGGGUGGCUUCUGUGGCCUUAAGGCUUUAAGGAAGGUGGGAUCUUGAGACCAUGUCCUGUACUCUGGCUUCUCUCCGUCUUGGCCAUCUCCUUUGUCUGCCGGCUUCUCCUGAGGUCUGUGGUCUGCUUUACCCCAUCCGGGAAGCUCAUGAGUCGACCCUCCUGGAAGGCACCUGGAAAGCACAGCCCAUAGGGCCACCCCCUGCCUGGUAGGACUGUGCUGGUGUGCAGUCUGCCUUGGAGAGCCCCACUGUGUUAUUAAACCAGUUUACAGAUGAAGAAAGAGUUGGAGAGGUGAACAAUCAGGCUGAACCCACGUCGCUCUGACCACAGACCCAGCCCUUACUGGAGCAAUGGUGAACAGGACUGUACUGAACUCGGGAAUUUGAACUUUAUUCUUUAGAUAAUGGGGAGCCAGCAGAGCACCUGCUCCAGGGCAGUCGCUCCCUAGUACUUCUCCCUACCUGACAUAACAUCUGUUUACUUGCACUUUAUUACCUGUCUCCCUUCAAUGGAAUGUGAAGUAGGUGGGGGCAAGGCCAUCAUUUUGUUCCCUGCUGUGAACAUGCCUGGCACCUUCUGAAGACUCAGCAAGCAUUUGUAGAAGAAUGGAAGGCAGAGAGAUUAGAUAACUACAACUUCAGCACAUUACAUAUAUCAUCUCAUUUAAUCUAACAACCUCAUGAAGCAAGGACCUCUGUCCUUUUUUCUCUCCAGGUCUCCACGGCUGAUGAAGCGGUGUCCAAAGGCAUUGAAGCCCUGGCAGCCAUCUACCCGGCAGUCACAGCCCACACUCCCAUGCCCUGCCUCUGCUGGCUUUGGGACUGUCUCUGGGCAGCCUCCAUGCCCCACCCUGGAUAGGGCCACGAUGCCAGGACCUUACUGUGCCCCAUGAUGCCCCCAGCCUAGCUCCUCCUCCCUCUGGCACCAUGUUGGCCAACUCCUCGGCCACCAGUUCCACCAACAGCUCUGUUCCCCGGUGCCCUGACUACCGGCCCACACACCGCCUGCACAUGGUGGGCUACAGCCUGGUGCUGGCCGCAGGGCUGCCUCUCAACGCGCUGGCUCUCUGGGUCUUCCUGCGCGCGCUGCGCGUGCACUCCGUUGUGAGUGUGUACAUGAGCAAUCUGGCGGCCAGCGACCUGCUCUUCACCCUCUCGCUGCCCGUGCGCCUCUCCUACUACGCCCUGCACCACUGGCCCUUCUCCGACUUUUUGUGCCAGACGGCAGGUGCCGUCUUCCAGAUGAACAUGUACGGCAGCUGCAUCUUCCUGGCCCUCAUCAACGUGGACCGCUACGCCGCCAUCGUGCACCCGCUGCGGCUGCGCCACCUGCGGCGGCCCCGCGUAGCGCGGCUGCUCUGUCUGGGCGUGUGGGCGCUCAUUCUGGUGUUCGCAGUGCCCACCGUGCUGGUGCACCGGCCCUCGCCCUGCGGCUACCGCGGCCUCCGGGUGCGUCUGUGCUUCGAGAGCUUCAGCGACGAGCUGUGGAAGGGCAGGCUGCUGCCGCUCGUGCUGCUGGCGGAGGCGCUGGGCUUCCUGAUGCCUCUGGCGGCCGUGCUCUACUCGUCGGGUCGCGUCUUCUGGACGCUGGCGCGGCCCGACGCCACGAGGAGCCAGCGGCGGCGGAAGACAGUGCGCCUCCUGCUGGCCAACCUCGUCAUCUUCCUGCUGUGCUUCGUGCCCUACAACUCCACGCUGGCGGUCUACGGGCUGCUGCGGGGCAACCUGGUGGUGGCCAGCAACGCCGCCCGCGACCAAGUGCGCCGGGUGCUGAUGGUGAUGGUACUCUUGGCCGGCGCCAACUGCGUGCUGGACCCGCUGGUGUACUACUUCAGCGCCGAGGGCUUCCGCAACACCCUGCGCGGCCUGGGCACUCCGCUCCGGGCCAGGACCUUGGCCACGAACGGGGCUCAGAGCGCGCUUGCCGACCGGCCCUCUGCGAUCACCCACAGCACCAGGCCGGCUCCCGCCAGUCAGGGGCUGCUUGGGCUCUCCAGCCCUGGGAGGCCCUUCGCCCAGUGCCCGGAGGAUUCGGCUCUCUGAAAGCGCAGCUCGCGCUGGCGCGCUCACGCCCACACGCACCCCUCCGCCUCUCACGCUCAUAGACCUGCAGGGUGGGCACACGAGGGUGGGGAAUUGGGCACUUGGACUUCUGGGUGGCACUCGAGCUCGUAAUGCAGAAGAAAACGAAGUGUGGGAGCGAGGGGCACAGGGAAGGAAGCGUGCUGGCGGACAUAACCUUUAAACUAGUGGCAAUGGUGAGCACGGGGAGGACCCCUUCCAGUACGCAGGAAGUGAUGCUGUGAGCCUGCCAAUGCAGAGGCAGGCGACUGGGUGAAACGCCCUCGGUGGGGGCAUGAAACACUGCCAAGAACUGGUAGAUGGAGCAGACAGUGGGUGUCCUGGAUAUAGACCACAGCUGUGCUAGGAUGGAUGCCACCCACUCUCACUGCCACCUAGGCUUCCCCUGCCCAGCCCUGAGGCGUAACGCAAGAGGUUAUUGAAUAGGGACAGAACUGGUUUCCUUCUCUUUUAGUGACUUGUAACAACUUAGACCUGACACCCAGCACAGGAUGGUUGUGGGCAGGACAAACUGUGAGUUAGAGGGUUUUUUUCCCUCAAAGAUUUGUCCCCUGUUCCCAUUGCUAUAGGGCAUUCCUUGUCAGCCCACCUCACCCUGCUUUCCAGGCCUCCUCCAUUCUAGGUCCUAAACUCACUCACUCUGCCCCUGCUGCUUCAUUUAGAUUAAGGAGAAAAUUCCUUAUACUGAAGUAGCAAUUCUCAAACGUAUGGUCUCCAAUCCUUUUACACUCUUAAAAACUGAGGAUUCCAAAGAGCUUUUGCUUAUGCUUUGUCCUUCCAAUACUUAUUAGAUAGUUAAACUAAAAUGUUUUUCACCAAUACACAAGCCACACUCCCUUAGCUGUGAGAGCAAUAAUGUCCUCCCGUUUCAUGAAAUCUCUGGAAAACUCCACUGUAUACUUGUGAGAGAAUGAGAGUGAUAAGGACAAAUGACAUCCUAGUAGUAUUAGGAAAAUAUCUUUGAUCUCGUGAACUUCCUAAAAGAGUUUGUCCCCAGAUCACACUCCGAGAACCAUGCUUGUACUAAAGUAUUAGAGUUUGUGUGUCACUU